UACAACCGAUAGAUGUGCCGGCUGCACGAGAAAGAACGACUUUCGGAAGGACGAUGGGCAUCACUUCGGGCGCUUGUCCACUACGGAGAAACCACCGACUGGCCUCAAGGAAGUGUUGGCGCCGCGGAGUCGGUUUGCACAAGGGCAAGGACAGGAGGAGGGGCGUCCAUCCGGCGUUUUGGGGGCCGAAUGAAACGGCGCACGAACGUGGACGGUUGACACGUGGGGCGAUGUCCGAUCACAUGGAAUAUUUCGAGGUGAUAAUGCGCAACUCGGCCACGUCGGAGAUUACGGAGAAGCAUUGGACAACGACAAUUCCGAGAUGGUUUCGGGUCUGGGAGUAGACUGGUCGAGGAGAUACCUCUUUUCAGGAGGGACUCGUAUAGCAGCCGUUAGGUGCAAUGCCUCCUUUUCUUACCGAAGACGAGCGAGUGGACCAAGUUGGGCCGAUGAGAGAACGACGAAAAUUGGAAUCGGGGGCGGCAAGCAACAGUCGUCGGAAAUGGGCGAGAGCAUCCGAGGAGAAGUAGACACCAGGGGUCAAGACAACAACGGACGACGACAACCGAAGACGAUGAACCGAGCAAGCUUUCUAGACCCCCCGAGUACGACGCAGAGGAACAAUUUUCCUCUUUUCUUCUUCAUUUUCUUCCGAGACCGACAUACGGAGUAUACAGCGUCUGGCGAGACCCCUCGGGCCACAUGUGGGACGCGAUGCGAUGCGACGCGACGCGCACCCAUGUUUGUUGUUCAUGCGUACCUGCAUAUGUGUCUCUGCCCGGCGACCAUGUGUGGCAGAAACACUACCUACCAUGGAGCUCCCUACCAUGUGCGCGAUCAGAUUGUCCGGUCACGUCAUCGACACCUUGUCAGGGGACCACUGUCCUCCUGAGAACACUGGGUAAUAUACUCCGGAAGGCAUUGUGGUCAUGUCUACUCG